AUGUCUGCAGAGACUCCACCGGAAGGAGAGUCCUCCCAGUCCCAAGCCCAGUCCACCCUGUCCCCCUCUCAGGCCAGGUCCCAGUCCCAGCCUGGUUCCAGCUCGUCCAGCGUGCCGACCUCAGCCAGUCAGUCAUCCAGUGGUUCUGGGACGUUGAGCAGCGUGGACACCAUCCCAGUGACGCUACCAUCUGUCCCAGAAGAACCAGAACCACAACCCUGGGGCCGGCUGCUGCCCAUGGCCCGAGGCUUCAGGAGCCUCGACUGUAUAGAGGACCAGUACUUGUUUGGACGGGACUCCGGGUGUCAGUAUGUUCUGGAUGAUCCUGAAGAAAAGGGAUCUAAAAAGUUCAGAAUCUACAGUAAGAAACACUUCAGGAUCUACAGGGAUGGUUCCGAGGUCUUCUUGAAGGACUACAGCAACAACGGGACGUACGUAGACGGAGUCCGGGUCGGUCUGAACAAAAUGCUUCCUCUGACCAACAACGCCGUCCUUUCUCUGUCUGAGCCUCGAAACCGAGUGUUCGUCUUCAUCAACCUCAUGUCAGACAGUCAGUCCAGUUUGCCUGAAGACCUGCAGAACAAAUACGUGCUGACUCGACAGAUCGGAGCAGGAGUGUGUGGCGAGGUGCGGCUGGCCUUUGAGCGCUCCACCUGCAGGAAGGUCGCGGUGAAAAUCAUCAACAAGAAGAACUUCCCGUCUGAGGGGACGGCGACUCGAAACACCGAGAUGGAGCUGAAGAUCCUGCAGAAGGUCGACCAUCCUUGUCUCAUUAAGACGGAUGACUUUUAUCAGACGGAGGACAGUUAUUACAUCGUGCUGGAGCUGAUGGAGGGCGGUGAACUCUUCCACAGAAUCAAAUCUCGGCAGCAGCUGAAAGAAGACGUCGCCAAACUUUACUUCUAUCAGAUGCUCUGCGCCGUACAGUAUCUCCACGGUAACGGGAUCAUCCAUCGGGACCUGAAGCCGGAGAAUAUUCUGCUGGCGUCCAACGAAGACGACUGUCUCAUCAAGGUGACGGACUUCAGCCUGUCCAGGAUCCUGGAGGAGACCUCCCUCAUGAGGACUCUGUGUGGGACUCCGUCCUACCUGGCUCCUGAAGUCUUCACCAACGCCUCCACCACCGGCUACGGGCUCGCCGCCGACGCCUGGAGCCUGGGAGUCCUGCUGUUUGUGUGCCUGAGCGGUUACGCUCCGUUCCAUGAGAACUUCAGCCAACGUUCAGUCACAGAGCAGAUCAUCCGAGGAGAGUUCACCAUGGUUCCUGCCAAGUGGACACACGUCUCCAAUCAAGCUAAAGACAUGGUGAGGAAGCUGCUUGUGGUCGAGCCCACCAAGAGGAUGACUGUUGAUGAAGCUCUGCAACACCCCUGGUUACAGGAUCAGAAGAUGUUGGAGAAAGCUCAUCGACUCAUGUACCCGUCAGGAGGAGACACUGCUGCUCCUCCUACUGCUUCUCCUCCCUCUGCUCCUCCCAUGCAGGGUGCGGAGUCAUCAGGAAAGGUUUCAAGGAGGAAACGAGGAAGAGAAGAAAAUGAUGAGGAUCAUCCUGCGAAGCGCCAGGCUCCGCCCCCUGCUCCGCCCCCUGCUCCUCAGGAGAGCGCCUGA